CCACUACCACCCCAGCAAACGCUUGCUUGCUUGCUUGCUUCCCCUUCCCCUCAAUUCUACCCGAGCUGCUGCUAUAAUUACGAGCUGCACUGCUGAACCCUAACCGCUGUGCAGUAUGGCGAGCAGCAGCAGCGAGGGGAAGGCUGCCGCCGGCGGCGGCGGCGGCCCUGGGUACCAGUAUGCGUCGUACGGCGGGUACUACGACGAGGAGCGGCGGUGGUGGCCGUGGCUCGUGCCCACCGUGCUCGUGGCCUGCAUCGUGGUGUUCCUCGUCGAGAUGUUCGUCAACAACUGCCCCCGCCACGGGAGCCCCCUCCGCGGCGAGACCUGCGUCGCCGGCUUCCUCCACCAGUUCGCCUUCCAGCCGCUCCGGGAGAACCCGCUGCUCGGCCCCUCCUCCGCCACUUUGGAGAAGAUGGGAGCUCUAGACUGGGCGAAAGUUGUUCAUCAGCACCAAGCAUGGCGUCUCAUCAGUUGUAUCUGGCUGCAUGCUGGUCUAAUCCACCUGAUUGUCAACAUGCUAAGCUUACUAUUCAUUGGACUCCGCCUUGAGCAGCAAUUUGGGUUUGUGCGUAUUGGGAUCAUCUACCUGCUAUCUGGCUUUGGUGGUAGCGUGCUGUCUGUGCUAUUUUUGCGUAAUAACUACAUUUCCGUCGGUGCCUCUGGAGCUUUGUUUGGCUUACUUGGGUCUAUGCUCUCUGAGCUUAUAAUGAAUUGGACUAUUUAUUCUAACAAGGCAGCGGCAAUCAUAACUCUGCUGUUUAUAAUUGCAAUCAAUUUGGCAAUCGGCAUACUGCCGCAUGCUGAUAACUUUGCACAUAUUGGUGGAUUUGUGACUGGAUUCCUUCUUGGGUUUGUCCUGCUGGCAAGACCUCAGUUUGGUUGGAUGGAACGACACGAGUUGCCACAGACUAAUCAACCUCGAAAGUACAAAGCAUACCAGUAUGUUUUGUGGAUUGUUGCCAUCUUCUUGCUGCUAGUUGGAUUUGUGAUUGCCUUGGUGAUGCUUUUCAAGGGCAAGAAUGGAAAUGAUGGUUGCCACUGGUGCCACUAUCUGAACUGCAUUCCAACAUCCAGAUGGAAGUGCAGUACCUAGAUGCUUCAGCACUCAGUUAGCUUUUCUCCAAAUUACAUACAUAUUCUUUUGGGAACGAUUUUCUAGCUUGUGUGCUUGUAGAUAUCGACAAGAAAUUUGCCACCAGAGUUGAAUUCUGAGUACAAUCCUUUCUGCUUGUUAUUUGAGCUUGUAACAGACGUUUAUUUCAGGCAACGCUAUAUUGGUUCGCUUCAAAAGUUUGCACUGUUCAA